AUGCGCUGCUACUCCACAGAGUCGUCGUCGCUGGCUGCAGAGAAGCAUGAGUUUAAGGCAGAGACUAAGAAGCUGCUGCACAUUGUGGCUCACUCGCUGUACUCGCAGCGCGAAGUAUUUGUGCGCGAGCUCAUCUCUAACUCGUCUGACGCGCUGGAGAAGCUUCGCCAUCUGCAGGCCACAUCGCAGGAUGUGAACACUGAUAAGCCGCUCGAGGUCAACAUUGAAGUGGACUCGGAUAACAAGACGAUCACGUUCUAUGACUCGGGAAUUGGCAUGUCGGCAGAUGAGCUCAAGGAAAACCUGGGCACAAUCGCGCGCUCUGGGUCCAAGGCGUACAUCGAGAAGAUGCAGGACGGUGCGGAUACCAAGGACAUGGCCAGCACUAUUGUCGGCCAGUUUGGCGUUGGCUUCUACUCGGCCUUCAUGGUUGGCGACAAGAUCACCGUGUAUACGCGCUCAGCCAAUCCGGGGAGCGAGGGCUACUGCUGGGAGUCUGAUGGCCUGGGAUCGUACACGCUGUCAAAGGCCGAUAAUGUGGAUGUCGGCACCAAGAUCGUCAUUAACAUCAAGGAUGACGCCAAGGAGUACCUCGAGAAGGGCAAGCUGGAUCAGAUUAUCAAAAAGUACAGCAACUUUGUCGGAUUCCCGAUCACAGUCAACGGCGAAAAGGUCAACACCGUCGAGGCCCUGUGGACCAAGGACAAGAACUCGAUCACUGAGGACGAGCAUACCGAUUUCUACCGCUUUGUGUCCCGCGCAUGGGACGAGCCCAUGUACAACCUCGUGUACAAAGCUGACGGACCGCUGUCCAUUCGCAGCAUCCUGUAUGCGCCGACAAAAAACCCCGAGGACAUGGGGUUUGACCGCAUCAAGCCGGGAGUCAGCCUGUACUCUCGCAAGGUGCUGAUCAUGCCCAACGCCGAGGGCCUGCUUCCCGAGUGGCUACGCUUCGUCCAGGGUGUUGUGGACUCCGAGGAUCUGCCACUGAACCUGUCGCGCGAGCUGCUGCAGAACGGGCCCAUCAUUCAGCGCCUAAAGUCUAUCAUCACGUCCCGCAUCAUCAAGUGGCUCCAGGAGGAGUCGAACCGGGACGCGGAAAAGUACGCAAAGUUCUUCCAGACCUUUGCUGUCUUCAUCAAGGAGGGCGUGUGUCAGGACAUGGCCAACCAGGCCGAAAUAUCCAAGCUGCUGCGCUUCGAGACGUCGAACAAGGACGCUGGCCAGCUGAUCUCGCUGGGCGAGUACGUCGAAUCGAUGCCCAGCGACCAGGAGCACAUCUACUACUUCUGCACGCCGAACCGCGAGUUUGGCAUCGACAGCCCGUACUACGAGCCGUUCAAGAAGCACGGCGCCAACGUCCUAUUUUUGCACCACGCUCUGGAUGAGUUUGUCAUGGGCCGGCUGGCCACGUUUGAGGGUAAGCGCCUGGUCUCCGUCGACUCGGAGGAUGCUGGCAAGGUGCUGAAAAAGUGGAACGAUGCUGAUCAGGCUGAGUCCUCGGGCGACUCUGGCGUGGCGCUGACAACCGAGCAGACCGACGAGCUGACAGCCUGGAUGUUGCCCAACCUCGGCACCUCCGUCAAGGAGGUCAAGGUAUCGGAGCGCUUCAUGAGCUACCCUGCCAUUGUGACCGACUUCGACUCGCCGGCCGUGCGCAGGAUGAUGAAAAUGAUGGCCGGAGACAGCAAGCAGUCGAUCCCCAUGUCGCCCUGCACUGUCGAGAUCAACUCCAGCGACCCCAUUAUCAAGGGGCUGUAUGCGCUGAAGGACAAGGACGAGGAUCUGGCGCGUAAGGUCGCACAGCAGCUGCUGGACAACGCGCUCAUUGCUGCCGGCAUCAUGGACGAUCCCCGGUCCAUGAUCAAGCGCCUCAAUGACAUUCUGGUAUCAACUGUCAGCAAGUGA